UCACCGCCAUGGUGUUGCCCACAAUUUUCACGUUCGCCAAGGUGCCCAAAGUGGUGUUAUCUCUCCCACAUCAACGUCUUCUCAGCACAGUAGUACGACAUUAAGAAUGCCACCGCCUACAUCUGGCGGAAUUAAUGAGCCACAAGAAUGCCCUUACUGUAGGCGAACAUUCUCUUGCUAUUAUUCACUUAAACGACACUUCCAAGACAAGCACGAACAGUCUGAUACUCUUUACGUGUGUGAGUUUUGUCAUCGACGAUAUCGCACAAAAAAUUCACUGACAACGCAUAAAAGCUUACAGCAUCGUGGCUCAAGUGGCAUGCUUAAGCGCUUACUAAAAACAUCAGCGAUAAAGAAUGUCCUCGGUCCACAUGUGCCACAACAUUCACGGCCUCAUUUGUUUGAUUUCGCUGCUGAGUUGGGACAACCACCACCGGGUAUCCCACAAUAA